CCCGGGUGCGGCGCGCGGACCGGGCAGCUGUCUGAGCCCGCCAAGCUCCACGGUGAAAAAAAGUGAGGGUAUAAAGGCAACACAGCAAGGGACUUUUCCUCAAAUUUGCAUCGUGAUGGAAGCCUUUUGCCUCAAGGUGGCCUUUUGGGUAGCGCUGGUUGGAUGUGUAAUCAGUGACCAUCCUGAGAGCUACAGCACAAACCUAAGCACGCCAGUGGAUGACGUCACCAUUUUUCAUGGGACAGAACUCAGCCUUCUGGUUACCACUCAUCGACCCACUAAUUUGGCCCUACCCAGCAACGGUUCAAAGCACAAGUAUUGCCCACAGCAGACUAAGAUUACUUCGGCUUUCAAAUACAUUAACACUGUGAUAUCUUGUACUAUUUUCAUCGUGGGAAUGGUGGGGAAUGCAACCCUGCUCAGGAUCAUUUACCAGAACAAGUGUAUGAGGAAUGGCCCCAACGCGCUGAUAGCCAGCCUUGCCCUUGGAGACCUUAUCUAUGUGGUCAUUGAUCUCCCUAUCAAUGUGUAUAAGCUGCUGGCGAGCCACUGGCCUUUCGAUCACAAUGACUUCGGCUUGUUUCUUUGCAAGCUGUUCCCCUUUUUGCAGAAGUCCUCGGUGGGGAUCACCGUCCUCAAUCUCUGCGCUCUCAGUGUUGACAGGUACAGAGCAGUUGCCUCCUGGAGUCGAGUUCAGGGAAUUGGGAUUCCCUUGAUCACUGCCAUUGAGAUAGUCUCCAUCUGGAUCCUUUCUUUUAUCCUGGCCAUCCCUGAAGCUAUGGGCUUUGUCAUGGUGCCCUUUGAAUACAAGGGGCAACAGUACAAAACCUGUAUGCUCAAUGCCACGUCAAAAUUCAUGGAGUUUUACCAAGAUGUAAAGGAUUGGUGGCUCUUCGGGUUCUAUUUCUGCAUGCCCUUGGUGUGCACUGCUAUCUUCUACACCCUUAUGACCUGUGAGAUGUUAAACAGAAGGAACGGCAGCUUGAGAAUUGCCCUCAGUGAGCACCUUAAACAGCGUCGAGAAGUGGCAAAAACAGUUUUCUGCCUGGUUGUAAUUUUUGCUCUCUGCUGGUUUCCUCUUCACUUGAGCCGUAUUUUGAAGAAAACCGUGUACGAUGAGAUGGACAAGAGCCGAUGUGAAUUACUUAGUUUCUUGCUGCUCAUGGAUUACAUCAGCAUUAACUUGGCAACCAUGAAUUCAUGUAUAAACCCCAUAGCUCUGUACUUUGUGAGCAAGAAAUUUAAGAAUUGUUUCCAGUCCUGCCUCUGCUGCUGCUGUUAUCAAUCCAAAAGUCUGAUGACCUCGGUCCCCAUGAAUGGAACAAGCAUCCAGUGGAAGAACCAUGAACAAAACAACCACAACACAGAGAGGAGCAGCCAUAAGGACAGCAUUAACUAAACAUCUUAAGAGAUAUUCAUCAGAAAUCCUUCAAAUUCUAUUGGAGAAAAAAAUCACACAGCAACUGUGUUUCCAGAAAUCUUUUCUCUAAUCCUUCUCCUGUGACUCAGCCCCAAACCCAGAAAAAUGCUUUCCAAAACAUCAGAGGGUGGACUGGUUUAUGGUCACAAAUUCAAUGAAUCUUAUUUCUUUAAUUUAUCUAAUUUACAUAUUGUGCUUGUUAUUUACAUACUCCGCACUAAGAAAAUGGUGGGAGUUGGCAGGAGGAAGGAAGACUGUUUGGUUAAAUCAGAUGGGUAUUUACUACUUUUGCAUGAAAACAGUCUUCCAGUACUUGACAGCUUCUGUGGAAUGUCCAGUGAGAACUAGCCACCAUGAAAAUUUAGUGAUUAUGACAAGAUUUUAAAUUUUUUUGAAUUGGCCAGAUGCAGUAACGUAAGCAAUCAGGUUAAUGUUUUUCAUGUCACUUUUUAAUUUUUAAAACAUCAGUUCUCAAGCUGCAGCAAAUAUAGGCACUUAAAGCACAGGCUGAUAUCCAUAUGUGGCAGUGUAAUAGCUGGUAUUCAAAGAAUUUUUAAGAACCUUUCUUUUCUUUUGUAAUGAGGUUUCAUUAUAGGAGCUCUGGAGCAUAUUUUUAUGUGAAAUUUUAAAAUAAUGCUUGAAUCAAAUAGUUCUAUUUUUCACAAGCCCAAUCUUUUUUUAAUGUAGAUAUUUUAUGUAAAAUUAACAUCAUGUACUAAAAUUUAAAUGUGCAUAUCAUUCAACCAUACCCAAGACUUUCAGUGGAAUGUAUUUACAUCUAAAGCACAACUAGUAGAAAAAGACAAGGUUUUUAGAAGACUUGGAAAUUUUCAUCGAGUUUUUUUUUUUAAAUAAUAGUAACAUCUAUGUGCACAUUUGGUAAUAGUAACAUGUAUGUGGACAUUUACAUAUAUGUACAUACAUAUAUGUUAUGCAUAUCACCUCAUAGUCUCUUGAUUUCUCUAAAAAUGUUAACUGUCAGUCCAACUUUUUUGGUCAUUCCCUUUUCCAUAUAAGAAACCAUUUCAAAGUGACCAGCUGAGUUUAUCACAUCAGUGAGAUAUAAUUACCCCCAAAUGCCACCAUGAAUUUACAGUUCUUCACUUCCCUGGGUUUCCAGCAAGAAUCUAAACACCUCCCCCACCCCCACUCCUCACAUGGUCACCAUUUCAAAGGGCCCACAGUGACUUUCGCUGGGCAUGUUCCAAGAUGUUUACAGACUGUGAGUACAGCAGAAAAUCUUUUACUGUGGUGUAUAUAAAUAUAUAUAAACAACUGUACAUUUUUUUAGCCAAUUUUUCUGUGAUUGUCUUUAUGGAAUGUACUUGUGUGUGUGAUAUAUGCAUGUGUGUUAUGGAAUGUAUGGAUUUAAUGUAAUCUAAUAACAUUGACCUGUAAUCGUACCACAGGACAUACUCUAAGUGGAAUCUAAGUGGUUGCUUAUCGUGACCACUGGUCUUAGUCAGUUUUAAUCUAUCUGUGUCAUAAUUCCUGUGAACAUGUCACCAUUACAAAUGGGAUAUGGGAGGCAGCAUGAAUGAGGACGAACCAUGGGUUAACAAUCAUGUUUGUUGAGCUGGUUGAUGGGUUCGUUUGAUAAAACAGCAUUUGGGAUUGUACUUUUCCUGUGCUAGAGCAAAAGUCAUUAAGUAUUGAAGUAUUAUAUUGUCUUGGUUCCUCAACUCAGUAUGCUGAUGAGACUGACAAGAGGUCCGAUGUUUCCUAUCGGACUUCACCAGACAGAUUGCUGAUGAUAAAUUAGCUAAGCUGACUUGCUGGGGCUACAUUUUAGCGUAGUUGUGUAUAAAAUAUCAGGUUCCAGUUGAUCCAAUUGCAGGGCUCCUUUAUGUGUUAGCAGUCAGAUUCCAUAACUUACUGGUGCAUCAUGUGCAGUGAUAUAUACCUAUAAUAUAAGCCAAAGUUCACAGCAUUUUGUUUAGACAACUGUCUUCUUUUUUAAGAUGUGGUUGUCUCUUGCAUAUGAAGAUACAUUGCAUCAGUUCAGAAAAUCAUAAAUUCUGAAUAACACAGGCUUCAAUGUGCAUUUUGCUUAUGGACCAGUAAGUAGCCAUGGUUUACCAGAAGGAGUAUUUCCAGUUUUUACCUUUAUCACACCCUCCCAAGCAAAUCUGUAGAAAUGAGCCAGAAGCCAAGGCCCCUGCAUUGGCAGUGGCCCAUAUGUAUAAAAUAAAAGUUUACAGAAGC